ACAAACAGUUUGGUGCUUGUUUUCGAAAUCAUCCACUGAUCGCCAUGACAAAGAGCUCCUUCAAGUUGGAACACCCCCUUGAAAGGCGACAGGCAGAAGCUGCUCGUAUCAGAGAGAAGUACCAUGAUAGAAUUCCAGUCAUUGUGGAGAAGGCCGAAAGGAGUGACAUCCCUGACAUUGACAAGAAAAAGUAUCUGGUUCCUGCUGAUCUGACUGUCGGGCAAUUUGUUUAUGUUGUCCGAAAGAGGAUAAAGCUCAGUGCAGAGAAGGCCAUUUUUAUUUUUGUCAAGAACAUCCUACCUCCCACUGCUGCUAUGAUGUCUGCAAUUUAUGAGGAACACAAGGACGAGGAUGGCUUCCUCUACAUGACUUACAGUGGAGAGAAUACUUUUGGAUCAUUCUGAAGCUGCCAGCAACAAAAAACUACCUGGUUUGUAAAUAAGUGUUCGCGUAAAUCCUUUAUCGUUUGUCUGAUGCUAUACUUCUGCUUCUCUGAAGACAGUUCUUCUGAAAGUACUUGUUUAAAAUUUAAAUUCGAGCCUAUAAUAUAUAAACUUUGAUUUGAAGUGGUAUAUACAGACCAUUCCCC